CCUCUAGCCCCUCUCUCUCUCUAGAUCUCCUCUCUCUCUCUCUCUCUCUCUCUCUCUAAGGUGUGUGAGGGAGUGGGGAUCGUCGUCGUCGUCGUCGUUGUGGUCGGCAAUGGCGGUGGAUCCGAGGCAGGUGCUCGCGGGGUUCCUCACCAUAUCCAUGUUCGUGAUGCUCGGAAACAUGAUCAAGCGCGACCACUUCGACUCCAUCGACGUGGUGAGGCUUCAAGAAGCAUCUACUGUUCAAUUUGAUUUAAUAAAGGUUGAUGAAAAAAUAAACAAGGCGACUAGGGAUAGCACGGGGCCAUGGAAGGAGCGCAGUGAAGUGAUUAAGCCGUGCUGGAACAAACCAAGUUCAAAGGAUGCGGAACUGUCGAAAGGUUACAUUACAUUCUCUUUGACUAGUGGCCCUGAAUAUCAUAUCUCGCAGAUGGCAGAUGCUGUGGUAAUUGCAAGGUAUCUGGGUGCCACACUCGUGCUUCCUGACAUCAGGGGAUAUGAGUUAGGUAACAAGCGGAAUUUUAAAGAUAUGUAUGAUGUGGACAAAUUCAUGAGGAGCCUCGAUGGCGUUAUCAAAGUAGUAAAAGCACUUCCCGACGAAUUAGCUUCUCGACAGCCAGCAGUUGUGAGAGUUCCCAACAGGGUUUCAGAAGACUUCAUUGUCGAAAGCAUCAAACCAAUUUUCCAAACCAAUAACUACUUAAGGCUUGCAAUUGUUUUUCAAUCGAUAAGCUUUAGACUGAGGGAAAAGAAGAAUAUAGAACUGGAUUCGACCGCUUGUUUAGCAAUGUUCAGCAGUUUGGAAUUGAAACCAGAGAUUAACGAAGUAGGAGAAAGGAUGGUCGAGAGGCUAAAAACACUUAGUAGGAAAACAGAUGGCCAGUUUGUGGCAGUCGAUCUUAGGGUUGAAAUGUUAGAGAAGAAGAGCUGUAAAGUGAGUGGAGGCGCGAGGAGGAAGAGUUGUUACAAUGCUCAAGAGGUUGCCGAUUUUCUCAGGAAAGUUGGGUUUAGCCAGGAUACUACUGUCUAUCUAACUCAGACUUGGUGGCACGAGAGUCUCAAUCCCUUAAAGGAGGCUUUCCCGAAAACUUAUACCAAGGAUGACAUUAUACCUGCAGAGAAGAAGGGCGAAUUCCUUAAGUCAGGAAGCGCCGAGCUGGAGAAAGCCCUAGAUUUUCAUGUUUGCUCGGAAAGCGACAUGUUCAUUCCCGCCAUCUCAGGACUCUUCUAUGGCAAUGUGGCUGGGAGGAGAAUAGCUUCGGGCCGGACCCAAAUCCUUGUCCCUUCGCAGGUGUUUGGCUCCUCCGCCCUGGCCUCCGACUUCCUCUCGACUUACAUCUCCAAGAAGAACCAUGUCGCUUACUCGUGCUACUGUUAAAUACUGUUUUCCAAAUGUAGUAAUAGCAGCUGCAGCAGCAGCAGCAGCUCGAGAAAAUGAUCCCGAAACCGGCUUCUCUUCGGACUGCGCUUGCGACAUGCGGUGACGGAAACAGGAUCUACUGUAUGUGAAAGGUGCAAUAUGAGUUUGAGUUAGAUAGUUUAAUUGAAGUUGAGUUGUUGUUUGUUGUUUGUUGCAGUAUUUAAGUGAUGAGUUCUCAAGUUGUGCAAAAACAUGCUUUAUAUAAGAAAUGGUCCUGUUGAUGUCCAAAUUUUAGAUACAGUUACUAUAAAAGGUUGAAAAGUGUAUUUACUAUCUUGGUAAUGUCCUUGUUUUUCCAUGAA